UCUAAGGAGCUCACCUUCCAGAGCCCGCCUGCACAGAACUGGCAGGGGACCCUCUUAGGAGCAGAGGUGAUGGCGAUCUUCAGGCAGCUGUCCCUGGGCGCAAAGGCCGCCCUGGCAGCCGGCACUGUCUUCGUGUCCAUGGUCAUCUCCCGCUCCUACCUGGCGGAGAGCCUCGAGCUCAGGGCCUGGCGGUGGCUGUUCCGCCUGCAGCUCGCCCUGUUUGCCAACUCGCUCAUGCUCCUCGGUUCCCUCUACAUCUGGCGAAGCACCGUCAGCAACCUCAGCCACUCCCCUGCUGCAGAGUCGGCCUGUUUCCAGCUUUGGAAGAUGGCCAUUGUGGCCUUCCUGGCCCUGGCCCAUUCCAGUUUCUUCACCAUGCUCUUUCUAGUGGCCGAGGAGCCCUAUCUCUUUUCCCUGGCGGCCUACUCCUGCCUCGGGGCAUACAUCAUCAUGGUGUGCUUCCUCUGUACCCUCAGUGGCAUGGAGCAGGCCUACCAGCUCCUGGCCUUGCGCGCCGGCAGGGUGGUGGGCAGCCUUGACAAGACAAGGAAGCUGGCACUCAGGCCAGCGCUGGCGGUGCUGGUGACCGCCGUGCUCAGCGUGGUAGGGCUGCUGAACGCUGCCCAGCCCCCGGCUGUGAAAACCGUGGAGGUGCCCAUCCAUUGGCUGCCCACCUCCAUGGACAACCUCAAGAUCGCGCUGCUCUCGGACAUCCACUUGGGCCCCACGGUGGGCAGGACCAAGAUGGAGAUGUUCGUGAAGAUGGUGAACACGCUAGAACCGGAUGUCACAGUGAUUGUGGGUGACCUGUGCGAUGCCGAAGCCUCUGUCCUCCGGACGGCCGUCGCUCCUCUGGGCCAGCUUCGUUCACGCCUCGGCACCUACUUCGUCACGGGGAAUCACGAGUACUACACAUCAGAUGUCAGCAACUGGUUUGCGCUGCUGGAAUCCCUGAACGUCAAGCCCCUUCACAAUCAGAACGUGAAGAUUUCUGCCACCCGGGCCCAGCCUGGCGGGGGUGAGGAUGAUGACUGGAUCUGCUUGGCCGGGGUGGACGACAUCGAAGCAGACAUCCUGCACUACUCUGGCCACGGCAUGGAUCUCGAGAAGGCUCUGGGGGGCUGCAGCCCGGACCACACCACCAUCUUGCUAGCUCAUCAGCCCCUGGCUGCCAAGAGAGCUCUCCAGGCUCGGCCAGAUAUCAACUUGAUCCUUUCUGGGCACACUCACGCUGGGCAGAUCUUCCCCUUGAAUGUGGCAGCCUAUCUCCUGAACCCCUUCUUUGCUGGUCUGUACCAAGUGGCCCAGACUACAUUUGUUUAUGUGAGCCCAGGCACGGCCUACUAUGGGAUACCCAUGCGACUGGGCAGCAGGGCGGAGAUUACAGAGCUCAUCCUGCAGCGGGUUCCCUGAACCCACCCCUGCCCCGUGCGCCUCCUCAUUGCCCUUGCCCUCCGUCCCCGACCCUCUGCAGAGCAGGCUGCCUGCUUUAUCCCCUCCAGUCUCUCCUGCCAGCACACGCUUGUCACAAGACUGGCUUGCACCGUGAUCAGUGGUGGGGCUGCCUGGCAAGUCCAGGCGAGUUAACUCUAUAGAUGGCCAUCUGCUUCUUUCUGUGCAUUUGUGAGGCCCCUAAAGUCACAUGUGUAGGAACAGGCAUCUAUUUUCCAGAUGAUGUGGAGUAAGCCCUCCUCUUCUGCAGAACUCAUGGGGAUGAACUGAAUCAGGGGGUUGCUUGAAGGGGAUGCCUGUGGAAAGUGGAGUAGGGAGGGGACUCUUGGUAUUUUAAAAGCCUCUUUAGGACUUAAGCAGUUUUCAAAAGCAUUGAUCCAGAGCUUUCUGGGGAAGGGGCAGUGUGGCUAGGUAAUCUGGGAGAACUGGCGAGAUGGAGGCCCCUCUGGCUGCUGGAGAAGAAGGUUUUCUUUUCCCCCCUUGGUUCUAUCAGAGUCACCUUUACUGAGAGCAUCAGCCAAAUCGGCUGGAAUAUAGGGCUCAUCCUGUUCCGGGCCUUGAGUGAUGCUGUCUGAUUGGCUGUGCUCCUGGGCCUUUGGGGUUGGGGGUGGGGUGGAAGGAUGGGAACACUGGUAGGUGAAUGAAGGUCAUAGUGCUGCUGCUGCCUAGGAAUUCAGAGGGUGUUUGCCAAACUUGGCUCCUUUUAUACAACACCUGGAUGAGGUGAUUAGGGGUAGGCGACUUUCCCCAGCUGAGAGAUGAGGGAACCGAGGCAAAGGGAGGUAGAGCACUGACAGCAGCACAAGGGUUAUGGGAGAUGCCCGCUGGAAGCCUGGUGUUCUGCCUCCCAGGACCAGUGUUCUUCCCACUGCCUGAUGGUAAGUAGCUGUACCCUGAACAGGCGAGGACAGUGUUCAAACACAAGUAACACUGUAACGAGAACAAGCAAGGGCCUAUAACCUGAUGCCCUUUGGAAGUGGUCUGCUUGAGGCCGAUCUCAGUUCACAGUAACUACGUGAGCCAGAUGCGGAAGGGGGUCGGCCAGUUUCAGUGUAGGAUGGCUGUUAGCCUGGAGGGACAGUCAGGAAACUGGAGUGCACACCCUCCACCCCAGGUUUGGGUCAGAAACGGAGGUUCGCUGUCUACCGGUAGGGAGGUUGAGGCUUGCAUGGCGAGUGGCAGGGCACUGAGCUCCCGCGGGCCCCAAGGCCUUCCCUCCCUGGGACCCCUGGCUCUGGGAUGCUGGGCUGUCCUUCCUGCUGGUGGCUCACUGCCCCCUUCCCCCCCACCAGCCUGACCCCAUCAGAGCUCUCCUAGCGCUCUGGCCACAGAACCAGAUGGCCAUCCCUGAGCUGGACCCUCAGAAAAAGAGGCAGGGGUUACCGUGUCUGGAGCAGCCCCACCCUCGCUGGCCGGCCUCUGUGCCAGAGGUAGGAUACCCUUUGACCCUGGGGUAGCAAUAAGGCCUGACAGACAAGACCUCACUGAGAAUCUUUCUGCAACAGGGAACUCUGACUGGAGGGGCUCACCCUCUCUUGUCAGGCAGCAUCGGGCAAAUGACCUCACUGAGCCUCGGUUUCCCUCACCCUGAAAUGGGGAUAAUUAUCAUAUCUACCUCAAGAUUGUUUUGCAGGGAAGGUAUUAAGACAUGGCGCAGAAGUUGCUUGUGGCUCAGUCACAAGGAAGCACUUGAUGUUGCUAAUUUUUAAACAUCCCGUGGGGCCUGCAAAGGGGCUGUGUUGGUCACAGGUGCACAGAGAAUUUACGGAGCAGCCAAUCCUGGGGAACAGGAGUGGGUACCAUGCCGCCUGCCGCUGGGGCCCAGUGAUUUGUCACAGCGGCAACUGCUGGGGUUGCUUUCCUCUGUCUCUUGCCUGUGUUAUUGUCUCCCUGUGCACACUCAGCCUGGCCAGGGCGAGUCUCUCCAUUUUCCCCCUUGUCCUCUUGGUUAGUGGAACCCUGGGGGCUCCUGGAGACCACCUUUCUUGUUUCCAGGCAACCAAAAUAUUGACAGCGGGUCUUCCAGUCAAGUUUAAAAUGUAUCUUUGAGUUGAGAUUUCAGUGGUUUCCUUAUUAUUUACCCCCUCGUGUUUAAUCAUCCUUACAGCCAGGAAUAAGUUUGGAGAAAAACUUAUCCAGGACCAAGGAAAGGACCCUGGAGAGCCUUUCUUUUAACACAUUUUGCGGAUGGUGGGGUUAUAGGAGGGGGAAGUGCUUUGCCAAGGGCAGCGCCCAGCUCAGCUCAAGUUUCCUGACUGCCUUCUCGGUGGCAUCACUCAAGCUCCCCACCUCAGGAAGGUCACUUCCAGACCUUCUCACUUUCUCGUGCCCUGACCCCAGUUGGGAUCACCCCCAGUCUACACUAGUUCUGCCAUUUGUCUUCCACCUUAUGGUGCAACAGGUCGUGUGUGUCUCCUGCUUUACCAAGUAUUAUUUCACUGGUUUCUUGAUUUGGGAUCUUUCUCAUCAGUGCCCUGAGCUGGAUGGAAUUCACUUCCAUCAGUCCUGCUUUUCAUCUUGCACCUUCUUGUCUCUUCUCUUUCCCUGAGUGCCAGCAUUUUUCGGUCUUGAGCACCUUUCAUCCCUGCUCUGAAGUCCUUGCUUGACUGAUUCCUCUCUUAACAGAAACAAGACAGGUCCAUCUUCUGUGCCCAAGGAAUAGUCAGCAGCACCUUCUCACACUUGGUUUGUGUUCCGUGACGUGGUGGAAGUUUUCCCAGCACAAAUUUCUCCAUUUGUGUCCAGAUAUGGUCCUGGUGGGCUGCUCUCCACGGCCCCCUUGGUACCUCUGUUCCCUGUUCUUCACUCAUUUACCUUCUUUGAUUUGUUUAUU